AUGGCCAUCUAUACCACCCAAGCACGGUCUACGCGAGAAGGUACCAUGAAUAUCAACGACACCUCCAUGCCUUCUUCGAUGGCGGUCUCGACCACUUCGCCCUUUUGGCCAUUGGGGCCUUUUCCCAACAGAGUGGAUUCCCACGCCAACUCGCACCCGCUCCCGCACCAACUCCAGCAUCCGCCUCAAGAUCCGCUUCAGCAUCCACAAGGGCCGUUUUCACAGGGAUCCUCGCAGCAGCAACAGCAACAGCAACAGCAACAGCAACAGCAUCCGCAGUGGCACCCGCACCCGUUUCCGCAGUCGCACCGUGCCUUUGGUCCUCCGCCGAGCUCUGGCAGUAUCAUCACUACAAACAACUUGAACCGAAAGUACAGCAACGGCAACAACAACUUGAACGGCAACAGCCCCGGCAGCGGAAACGUGAGUUCCAACAACGUGAGCGUCAACCGGCCACCCACCGCAAACGUCCAGGUCCGCCGCCGUCCUCAUGCUGCCACGACCGCCGGUCGAUUUCGAAGUGCCGUCAGAGUUCCGGACCUCCCUGUCUUGAACAACUUGCGCAUCACCAGCAACACAGGUAACACCAACGUCGACAAUUCCAGCUCAUCUGACGAGGGUUUCCGCUCUUCAGCUGCUCGUCCUCAGAGACCAGAGCAUCGACGCUCCAUGAGCCAUCCAUUCCCGUCUCUGUUCUCGAGCAAGAAAAAGAAGUCAUACCAGAUGUAUGCUGGCGAUUCCGGGUCCGAAACGGUAGACGACGCCGGUUAUGCGCCCAAGCUCGGUACCAUCAGGCCUUCAACACAGCAUUCUCGUAAUCAUAGGAAUGUUCCUUCUACGGGCAACAAGGACUACAGCACGGGAAAUUGCAUGACGUGCGGUUGCUUGGUGCGAUGGCCCAAGGAGCUUUCUGUCUUCAAGUGUACCAUUUGUUUGACCGUCAACGACCUACAGCCAUCCAGCUCAGGUCAAGGGCAAGGGCAGGGUCCUAGGCGGGAUGCUUCCCGAAACUCACCUCCCGCAGCGGAAGAGCGAGUCUUCUCUCAUGAACGACCGGUUUCUUUGGGUCAUACAAAGUCACUGGCCACACAAUGUCUGCGUUCAUUUCUUUCGUCUGCUCUACGCUCAAAAUCGGGCCGACAAGCAGAUGUGCAGCCAGACUCUUAUUUUACCCUGGCAAAGGUUCCUUCGCAAGAUCAGCAGGAAAGUUCGCUUUCGCCACCAAGUGGUCCAGGAAGGGUACCGCCGGCAACAAGCAGGGCGGUAGGCGUGAGCCCACAACCGCAGCGCGAUGGGUUAACGGUCCCAAACACCGACCUGGAUCCUCAGCAGCGUUCCAAUAGAACGCCUCGGUCAUACUCAUCGUCCUAUCCCGAAAAACGACCGGCCAUUCCUGAUCUCGGCCUCCAAGCACCUGGUCCUCAGGCGAGCCCACAGAUUGCAAACCCUGAGAUAGAUUCGAGGCGGAUGUUCAAACGGCUUGAGGAUUAUAUAAUCAGCUGCUUCACCUCGUAUCAAUGUUUGAAUACUUCGUUUUCGACAACCCGCCCGUCUCACCAGCCUAGACCUAGUGGCGAACCAGAGCGUAGACGUCGACCAACGCAGUCGCAACCUCAGCCCCGACCUCAGCCCCCACCCAUGCCUCAACCCGAGGCCCGCAAAGACUCGGUUACUACAGAACAGCCGUUUGUUGAACUGGACGCCAAAAUGCUUUUGCUGGGGGACUUUGCGGAGAAUGGUCUCUGGUGGACGGGAGGACACGAAGAAAAGGUACCAGGGAGGUCAUCGUCCAACCGGAGCGAUCCUGGCGCGUCUGCAGUGAGCCCAAGAAGUCCUCGAAUUGACUGGGCGGAAGUAGAGGAGUGGUAUACGGCAGUGCUUGACGCUGUGCGGUCCUGGCCCAAGUUUUACGAUGAGCUUGUCAGUGAGGAUUCCAGUCUCGCUGUGCCUCCCGAAGCGCUUAAGGAGAUCGAAGCACAGUUGCUUGUGGGACAGGACCAUGUUCAUAGGUCGCUUUUGAAGGCUAGCGAGACGAUUAUGAAACGGCCCGGACGCCUGAUGACUGCGCCUCAUGAGCUACGGUUUAUUCUCAUUCUCGCCGCUAACCCACUGCUUCAUGCCUAUUACAAGCCAUAUACCGGCGAGUUCCGGCAUAUGGACUCAUUUUGGUCUGCUCAGGGCGGUCCCUCUUCUGGAAGGCAUUCCGGAAUCAUAAAGCGUAUCGUCGGUCUCCUGUCUAACACUCCCAACGAGUGUCACAAUCAUCUCGUCAACUGGUUUGCGAGGUACCCGGAACCGCUUUUCAUAAAGACAAAAGAUCUCAUUUCGAGCUUCUUAGCAUUUCGACUUAACCGACAGAAUGAAAAGAAGUACGAUGCCAGAGUGGAUAUCACCGCCGGUUUGAUUCCAAGUCUGAAUGCUGGCAGGUCUGCGGCCUCACUUCACGCUGCGUUGGGAUCUUCACAGGCAUCAGGAAAGAAGCAGAAAGAAAAGAAGAAGAUAUACAAUGAAGAUUGGCAGAUCAAGGCCUCGGCGCAAGUUCUUGCGCUGAUUUUCGCCGCCAACAACACGGGACAUUCACGGCGCAGCCUCGCCAAUCUUACGGAUGGACCGGUGGCGAGCACAAGGGAUCGGGUCCAAAUGCGUGGGCAAAUUCUUGCCACAAGCGAUUUCUACACCACUCUUCUUGACGACUCCGACCUCGUGGCGGACUUUGAAACAUGGGAGUCGAAAAAGGGAAAGUUUGCCUUUUGUCAGUUUCCCUUCCUUCUUAGCAUAGGCGCCAAGAACCAAAUUCUCGAGUAUGACGCGAGGCGGCAGAUGGAGGACAAGGCAAGAGACGCCUUUUUCAACAGCAUCUUGACCCAUCGUGUUAUUCAGCAGCACCUGGUGUUAAAUGUUCGCCGGGAUUGCCUGGUUGAUGACAGCCUCAAGGCUGUGAGCGAGGUGAUCGGUAGUGGCGGGGAGGACAUCAAGAAGGGCUUGAAGAUCAAUUUCAAAGGAGAAGAGGGUAUUGACGCUGGCGGUUUGCGGAAGGAGUGGUUCUUGCUCCUUGUCCGUGAGGUGUUCAAUCCCGAUCAUGGGAUGUUUGUCUACGACGAGGACUCCCAGUACUGCUACUUCAACCCCGCCUCUCUUGAGCCAUCCGAGCAAUACUUUCUAGUCGGCGUCGUCUUCGGUCUCGCCAUAUACAACUCCACCAUCCUCGACGUCGCCCUGCCACCGUUCGCGUUUCGGAAACUCCUCAUGGCCGCACCGCCUGCCACGCUGGCCACGUCCCAGCCUCGCCAACCCAUGACGUACAGUCUCGACGACCUCGCAGAAUACCGCCCCCGCCUCGCCAGCGGCCUACGCCAGCUCCUUGAGUACGACGGAGACGUCGAAUCCACCUUUUGCCUCGACUUCGUCGUCGACAUCGAACGCUACGGAUCCACCGAGCGCGUCAGCCUCUGCCCCAACGGCGAACGCCGCCCUGUGACCAACGCCAAUCGCCGCGAAUACGUCGAUCUGUACGUACGCUACCUGCUGGAUACGGCGGUGACGCGCCAGUUUGAGCCUUUUAAACGGGGGUUCUACACCGUCUGCGGCGGCAACGCCUUAUCACUCUUCCGGCCCGAGGAGAUUGAGCUGUUGGUCCGAGGUUCGGAUGAAAGUUUGGAUAUCUCGGCGCUCAAGUCGGCUGCUACCUACGAUAAUUGGAGUACGAAGAACCCAGUGGAAACGGAGCCGACGGUUAGGUGGUUCUGGGAACUUUUUGAGGAGGCGUCCCCCGCAGAUCAAAGGAAGUUGUUGCUGUUUAUCACGGGCAGUGACAGAAUACCCGCGGGAGGGGCGGCGGCGCUAUCGAUUCGGAUUGCGUGCCUGGGCGAGGAUUGCGGGCGGUAUCCGACGGCGAGGACGUGUUUCAAUUCUUUGGCGCUGUGGAAGUAUGGAAGUCGGGAGCGGCUGAAAGAAGUCUUGUGGAUGGCGGUGUUGGAGAGUGAAGGAUUUGGGUUGAAGUGAGGGGGGAAUGAUGAAGGAUGAUGUUAUGCUUGGUGUGUUUGUGUUGGUAUGAAAGAGUUGUGGAGGUUAUGGAACAGGAGUUUCUCUACAUGGUAUCUUUUUUUUUUUUUUC